UCGGUUGCUUGUAUUUUGUUUGAAAGAAUCUUAGUAUUCUAAUUUAUAUAAACAAAAUACAUUGAAAUUCUUAUUUUGCUUAUCAUUGAACACUAAAUUAAUUGAAUAAAUUUUGUGCAAUCCAAAAUGCCCAGAACAAAACGCCCAGUACGAAAACAGGAGAAAAUUGCAGAAGAUGACGAUGCUUUGAAGAAACUGAAUAAACUUGUCAUUGACCAGAAAAACAAAAUCGACUCACGCGCUCACAUGGAAUUGAGGAAUGUGGAACUAGCAUUUAAGAUUCUUCUGGGUUCAAUCAGCAAUACAUACUUGCAAAAAACGGUGGGACAGUUGAAAACAGAACUACAUCUCAAAGAACCGGUAACGGGAAGGUCUACAACCAGAAAUUCGAGCCGAGCUGCUUCUCACGAUGACGGGUACCUCACUGAGAACUCAUCGCAGGGCUCCGGUGAACGAGCCGCUAAGAAAACUUAUUUGGCCCCGCCGUCGGCGAGCCGCUCCGCCAGCCGGCGCUCCCGCUCGGCGGACGCGUCGCUGCGCUCGGCUCGCGCCGCGCCGCGCACGCAGCGCCGCCGCUCGCGCUCCGUGUACCGCACGCCCGCCUACAGCAAGAACGCCGCCGUCACCUACCCCGUCAUCACGCCCAAGGUGACGCCGCACACUCCGCUGACGGUGCUUCGCCAGCCGCGCGCGGGGGAGAUGGUGCUGUCGAUGUCCGGCUCGCCCGUCAUGGCCACCUCCGUUUGCACGAUGCAGUCAGAUGAAAGAGCCAACUGUAAUAUCAUGCUUCAGGAUGGCACAAUGCUUUCUCUACAGCCGAAGCAGCUCCGUCAGUCGCAGGCGUACAUUCCAUUCUCUCUCAUGGACUCCAAUGUACUGCAUCAGCUCAAGACACUUAAAGAUAACCUCGAUAAGGUUGUCAAACUUGGAGAGAAGGCUAUAAAAUGAAACGAUAAUGUAUAGGAUAGGAAAUUGACAUAGCUGUUAAAUUUAUGAUAAUAAUUGAAGAAGAUAGGACUUAGUUGUAUGUUAAAGGCGUGAAUAAGAUGUUCCUUGACAAGUAUGACCAUAGACAAUAUUAACCGUAGCUGCUUACGCUGUCUAACUAAUAAAUAGGCCAUCCAUAUGUAUAAUAAUUUACAAAACAAAAAAAUAAACAUAAAAAUGAGUUUGUACUAUAUAUAUAUAAGAAUGAUUAUAAUAUACUCUUUUACUAUUAACUGAUUCAAUUUAACAUAAUCUCUUAUUCCAUUGCACAAUCAUUAUUUAUAAUGUGAUUGUGCCUGAUUAUCUCAAUGGUGUAAAAGCCGAUUAGCGAAGUGAAAACCGCAGGUUUCAUGUUUACAACUGUUGUUGUUCCCACUACAGUGGACCCCCGGUAAUACGGCAGUGUCGGAUUAUAGAGUACUG